AUGUUGGAAGGACUCGUCGCCGGCCUGCUCAACCGCUUCCUGGGCAUGUACGUCAAGAACUUCGACCCUACGCAGCUCAAGGUUGGCAUAUGGUCCGGCGACGUCAAGCUCCGCAACUUGGAGCUCCGUCGAGAAGCUCUCGACCAGCUCAAGCUGCCCAUCAACGUCAUAGAGGGCCACCUUGGCGAGCUCACUCUCUACAUCCCCUGGUCCAAUAUCCGAGGCGCUCCCGUCAAGGUCUUUAUCGAAGAUGUCUACCUGCUCGCGAGUCCCAAAGAAGAGGCCGAAUAUGACGAAGACGAGGAGCAGCGCAGGAAACAUAGGCUGAAGAUGGAGAAACUUGAGAGCGCCGAGCUUCUCAAGGAGCGGAACAAGGCUGGCAUGAGCCAGGAGGAGCAAAAGAAGAACCAGAGCUUUGCCCAGAGCCUGGCGACCAAGAUCACCGACAACCUGCAGAUCACAGUCAAGAACAUCCACAUUCGUUACGAAGAUUCCAUAUCAGCUCCAGGCCAUCCAUUUGCCCUCGGUUUCACGCUCGAGGAGUUUAGCGCUGUCAGUGCCGAUGGCCAGUGGACGCCAUCCUUCAUCCAGCAGUCGUCGACGACUACACACAAGCUCGCCACGUUGGGCUCCCUGGCAGUAUACUGGAACACGGACUCGGAACUCUUCAGCAGUGGCCGCCAAACUGCAGACGACUCCAAAGGGGCAAUGUCACACAGUGACAUGGUCGACAAAUUUAAGAGCAUGCUUACCAAAAUUCACGACCCCGACUCGAGCAACCAAUUCAUCUUGAAGCCCGUCAGUGGACAGGCAAAGAUUGAACUCGACAAAUCCGGUGCCAUUGAGGUGCCCAAGUUCAAGGCCACUCUCUUGUUUGACGAGAUCGGUGUCGUUCUAGAUGACGACCAGUAUCGUGAUGCCCUGAUGAUGGUAGAUCUCUUCCAUUACUUCAUCCGUCACCAAGAAUACAAAGCGCUCAAACCCAAGGGCGUCAGUCCAAAGGAGGAUCCGAGAGCCUGGCUGCUGUUUGCAGGGAAUGCCAUCCUGGGUAAGAUCCAUGACAGGAAUCGUAAGUGGUCGUGGGACUAUUUCAGAGAGCGUCGUGAUGACCGCAGGCGGUAUAUCGAGCUCUUCAAGAAAAAGAAGCAGGGUUUGCAGCUCGAAGCCAAUGAGUCUAGCGACCUUGAUAAGCUUGAGUUUAAGCUUAGCUACGAAGACCUUCGGUUCUGGAGAUCACUGGCUCGUAAUCAACUUAAAAAGGAGAAUGCCGCAGCCCUAAGCAGGCAGCCUCAGCAGCCUCAACAGCAGGGCUGGGUUGCAUGGAUGUGGGGUUCCAAGCCGACUGGUACCAUCCAACAAAAUGAAGAGAACACGCAGAUGACAGAAGAGCAGAGGAAGGAGCUCUAUGACAUGAUUGACUGGGACGAAAAGGCGGCGCUCGCUGAAGAUGUCGAUGUUCCCCGUGAAGCCGUCAACAUGUGUAUCGAGGCGGCGCUCAGCACCGGUAGCUUCACGCUCAAGAAGAGCCCCCAUCACAACACCAUGGAUCUCCUUAGCUUACACUUUGACUUAUUCAAAGCCAAGGCACUACAGAGAAAGGACUCUGUACUGGCUAGUGUCAGCCUUGGUGGUCUGCGAGUCAAUGAUGGUACAACUCCCGACAGUCUUUAUCCAGAGAUUGUUCGCGUAAAGGAUGCCCAGAAGCGCAAGCCAAUCUCCCUCGAGGAGCUGGAAACGGCGGAAGAGGAGCCUUUUUUCGAGUUCGAGAUUGAACAGAACCCCCUUGAACGAGAAGGCGACAUUGCUGUCGUGGGCAAGCUGAAACCCCUCGAAGUUGUUUGGAACCCCAACUUUGUUGUAGGCAUCGUCGACUUUUUCCGGCCUCCUGAGAGGCACAUGGAGUCGAUCGCGGCUCUGAUGGAGACCGCUGGGGCCACUGUGGAAGGCAUCCGAGAGCAGACACGAGUAGGCUUGGAGUUUGCGCUAGAAGAACACAAAACGAUCAACGCCGAGCUCGACCUGCAAGCACCGCUGAUUAUCAUUCCCGUCAGCAUUACCACGGAGCAUUCAACUUGUCUCGUUGUCGACGCUGGUCACAUGCAUGUGAACAGCCAGUUGGUCGAUCAAGAGACCUUGGCGGAGAUCCAGUCCAAACAGCGCCAGUCUUACAAUGAAGAAGACUUUAAACGUCUUGAAUCAGCCAUGUACGACAGAUUCAUCGUCAAGUUCACCUCGACUCAAGUCCUCAUUGGGCCUUCCAUCGAAGAAACCAAGGCUCAGCUCACCAGCAAACCUGGCGAUCGCGGCUCGCAGCUACAUGUAGUAGAGGAGAUCAAUGUCGAUUUCGUGGUGGAAAUGUCAAUUCUGCCCAAAGCGCCUAAUCUAACAAAAUUCAAGGUCUCUGGCCAUUUGCCAAUGCUACAUGCCACUGUAUCCGACGCCAAGUACAAGAACUUGAUGCAGAUUAUCGAUGUUGCUAUACCAAAAUUUCACUCCGAGACGGAGCAAAAGGCAGUGCAAUCUGGCGCUACUACUCAAGCAAGGCCUUCUUCACGCCAUUCUUCACGCCCACGACUAGCCAGUAACGCCUCCAGCCGAUCCGCGCUCAGGUCGAUGCGUGACCGCCGGCAAUCUGCGUUCCCAUUCCUCCAGUCUUCUACCGCCGUCAUCUUGGAGGACAUUGAUGAUGACGAUGACGAUUUCGAGGAUGCUGAAGAUGGAACUCACGGCGAGCAGUUUAGAAUGCAACAGCGGAGCUUCGAAUUCAACUUCAAAGUAGACACCCUAAAGGGCUCGCUUUAUCGAAGCGAUCCGAGCCGGGCGAAGCAAGACGUCCUUCUGGUGGAGCUAGUAGCAGAGCGCUUUGAUCUGUCCUUCUACACCCGACCCUACGACAUGGCGGCCGAAGUUUCCCUUGGGUCAGUAACUAUGGACGACUUUGUGGACAAUCCGCCUGCCGAAUUCAAGUCGAUUGUGUCUACUGGAGACCGAGAGGAUCUCCAGGCUGGACGAAGUCUUGUUCAUGUCAAGUUUGUGAGGGUAAAUCGCCAGUCACCUGAGUUCAUGCCUGUUUACGAAGGUGUUGAAACCAACAUUACCACCACUAUAUCAACCAUCAACCUGGUUGUUACUCGGAAGACGCUUCUCACCUUGCUGGACUUUAUUCUUGUGACUUUUACAAAUGAUGUAGCAGUUGAGAGCGUGGUUGUACAAGAGCCCAAGCAGAAUACGAAUGCAACUAGCUCUAUCCGCGUCAAGGUUGAACUGAAGAGUAUCCGCCUUAUUCUGAACAAUGACGGCAUCAAACUGGCAACCCUUUCUUUCAACCAGGGUGAUGCUGGCAUCUUCCUUCGGGGCCAGACGAUGAGAAUCUCGGCCAAGCUUGGCGACCUCUCUCUCAUCGACGAUGUCAACUUGGGCGUUUCGGAGGAUUCCCACCUCCGGAAGCUCGUAACCAUCCAGGGAGACGAUCUUGCCGACUUCCGCUACGAGACUUUUGACCCUGAAAAUCCCCAGGCGUACCCAGGAUACGAUAGUUCAAUAUUCCUUCGCGCGGGAUCUGUCAAGGUCAACUUUGUGGAGGAACCGUUCCGCAAAAUCAUUGAUUUCUUGGUCAAGUUUGGAAAGAUGCAGGCACUAUACAAUGCCGCCCGCCAGGUUGCUUUGAACAGAGCCAACCAGAUUCAGCAGAGCCCCAGCAAGAUCAAGUUUGAUGUUGUGGUCAAUACACCCAUCGUCGUCUUCCCGCGGGCCGUAAUCCCAGGCCGUCCCCACCGUGAUCUCAUUACAGCCUACCUUGGAGAAAUCUAUGCACAGAACAAGUUUGUUCCUCUCGACGAUAGUCACGGUGCGACAAUUGCGAUGAAGAUCUCCGCAGGAAUCAGAAACAUUCGUCUCACUUCAGACUUCCAUUAUGCCGACAACAAGUCUGAGGAGUUGGAGAUGAUUGACCACGUCGACCUUGGAUUCCACAUCACCCAUGCUGAACAUGUUGAGGGUGUGAAGAGACCAGAGACCGAGAUAGAAGGAACCGUAUCCGAUAUCAAGCUUCAGUUGACUCAACACCAACUGAAAUUCUUGAUGGAGAUUUCAAGAUCCGUCCCGGCUGCCUUUAGUGGAGAUGGAGAUGCUAAUGCGGAGGCUGAACGGCUUGUUGAUGACCAAACCUUGGAGCGAGCUAAAGGCUCGCCUUCUGAUGGUCAGUCCAACGGCAAUGAGCAGCCGUUGAUUAGUCUUGGACCCGAGCUAGGUUCGCUCUCUGACGCGUGGACCAAGCUGGACUUUGUGUUCAAUGUGAAUACUGUUGGCCUUGAGGUCAUCAUGGCCCCAGAAGAGGGCCCUGUCAAUGAUGUAGCUGCCUGCAGUCUUUCUCGCUUCUCCUUGGAUGACACGCAUGUCAAGACGAGAAUGAUGUCUGAUGGCUCGAUGGAAGCUGAGGUCCUGGUUCGCUCUUUCACGAUUUACGACACUCGUCCUAGGGAUACGAACAAGUACCGCAGAAUCAUGACGUCUUCUAAUAAAGAAGCGCAGCAGUUGAUGGCUAGUGUGACAAUGUCUGGUGGAACAGAACGCAGCGUCAUUGCAAUGGCCACUAUUGAUAGCCCUCGUGUCAUUUUUGCUCUCGACUAUCUCUUCGCCAUCCAAAAGUUUGCCACUGAAGGGUUGACAAUGGAGGAAGCAAGUCCAAUUGAUACCGAAAGCAUGCUGAGUUCUCCCGAGGAAUCAGACACGGAAUCAACCAUCUCCGCAGCAGAAGCCUCUCUUGAGACACAACCGAAGGCUCAAACUUCCAUGGACAUCUCUUUCCGAGUAAACCUUGUAGAUGCCCAAGUCAUUUUGAUCGCCAAUCCGCUGAGCUCAAGCUCAGAGGCAAUUGUGCUUGGAAUCCGCCAGGUUCUUCUGUCACAACAACAUGCUCUUACGUUUCAAAUUUCGCAGAUUGGCAUGUUUUUGUGCCGGAUGGACAAGUUUGAGACAUCUCGCUUGAGAAUCAUUGACGAUUUUUCGAUACAAAUGAGCAUGAACAACCCACAGCCCAACUCUACAGACAUCAAUAUUGAGAUUGAGCCGCUCAUUCUGAGGCUUUCUCUGAGAGACAUUUUACUCGCUCUCCAGAUUAUCGGAAGAGCAGGAGAAUUAUCCGGAACGGAUUCCAAGGGACCAAAAGAGUCAGCCGCUGAUCAAAAGGCGAAGCAGUUGAGAUCAAAGACAAGACACAGAGCGUCCAGUGGGCGUGCAUCUUCGAGGGCCGUCACUUAUGCUGAGAGAUACUCUGCGCCUCCAAAGAAUGAAAACUUGUCUGCCACUGUAGAUGGCGUCCGAAUUGUGCUGAUCGGUGACCUGCACGAACUUCCGAUUCUUGAUAUUGGAAUUCAGAAUUUCACAGCUGUCGCUGAAAAUUGGUCGUCGAAUUUGAAGGCUGAGGCGGCUAUCGAUAUGUACUCCAACGUGUACAAUUUCUCAAAGUCGAGCUGGGAGCCCCUUUUGGAGCCAUGGCAGGUUGGCCUUGGAGUGGCCAAGGAUCCAAUCACUAGCUUCCUCUCUGUUGAUGUGGUGUCGAAAAAGACAUUCGAUAUUACAGUCACAACGGCAACAAUUGCAUUGGCCUCCAAGUCUUUUGACUUUUUGACGGCUGCUGAAAAUGUUCUCGAGAAGCCUCGAGGCGUCGAAGCCCCGUACCGAAUCAGAAACUAUACGGGCUUUAAUGCCAUCAUUCAUUCCAAGAGUCCUACCAGCUCUGAGCCGAUCACGCUGCAUCUUGAAGACGGGCAAGAAGCUCCAUGGAGCUUUGAGCAAUGGGAGAAGAUGCGUGAGACGAUCCUCGCCGACUCGCAGCCAAAUGACGUAGGCAUCCAGCUCGAGGCGAGUGGGUUUGAUCUCAUUAGGAAUGUCCGCUUGAAUCGCGAGGGCGAGUUUUUGUACAGCCUCCGCCCUAAAACCGACAACAUCUUGCACAAGCUCUGUGUGGAAGUGAGUUUAGGAGCUGACAAUGUCAAAUAUGUCACUCUUCGUUCUCCACUCGUUGUUGAGAACGCCACGCAAAUUCCCGUGGAACUCGGUAUCUACGAUGCCCAGGAGGGUCAUUUACUCAAGAUUGAAAAGAUUGCCCCUGGUGACUCUCGACCCGCACCAGUUGGAGCUGUGUAUGAAAAGAGGGUGCUCGUGAGACCAGACAGCGGGUUUGGCUAUCAGUGGAGCGCAGAGCAGCUUUGGUGGAAAGAUUUGUUGAAGCGCCCGACUAGGCAGAUUGUUUGCAAGGGAGACAGUGGUGAUCCUUUUUACUUCCAGGCGCAUGCGUCGUUUGAUAACUCCAGUCCCAUUACCAGAUCCUAUCCGUACAUGAAGAUUAAGCUGUCUGCGCCAGUCACGCUGGAGAAUCUCCUUCCGUACGAUUUCAAGUACAGAAUUUACGACAAGAACACUAAGAAGGAUUGGUCGAACUUUCUUCGGAAGGGUGGUGUUAGCCCUGUUCAUGUCGUUGAGCUCUCUCAUCUACUCUUGCUUAAUGUCGACAUGCAGGAUACUGUCUUCAAGCCAAGCGACUUUGCUAUCAUCAACUCCGGCACAAACGAAGAUUUCCGCAGAGAAUCUCGCAUCGUAGUCAAGGACGACCAAGGCCUUUCUCUCAACCUUAGUCUCCACUACCACAAGAUUCCCAAUAGCGGCGGCGCCUUCAAGGUGACAGUUUACAGCCCGUACGUUAUCCUCAAUAAGACGGGGUUGGAUCUUACGGUCAGGGCCAAGAGCUUCUUGCAGCAGGCGAAGUCGGCGGCUGGUCAGUUCCCCCUCAUAAACACUUCCGAUCAUGACCGACCCAAGGCGCUGCCAUUCAUGUUCUCAUUUGGAAACGAUGACACUCGCAACCGAGCAUUGCUCAGGGUAGCAGAUUCCGAAUGGAGCAAGCCUCAGAGUUUUGAUGCCAUUGGUAGCACAUCUGAGGUAAUUCUCAACUCUGGGUCUAACAGAAACAAGGAGAUCCACCUGGGUCUCACCAUCCAAUCCGGAGAAGGAAAGUAUAAGAUGACGAAAGUCGUUACGCUUGCUCCGCGCUUCGUGCUCAAGAACAAGUUGGAUGAGGAGAUUCUGAUACGGGAACCCAGCUCGUCGGGUUACAUGACGCUGGGUCCUGGAGCGUUACAACCACUUCACUUUAUGCAGAACUCUACAGUCAAGCAGCUGUGUCUUUGCUUCCCCGGAAUGAACAACCAGUGGACCUCGCCCUUUAAUAUUGCUGAUAUUGGAACGACGCACGUCAAGAUUGCCAAGGCAGGUCAGCGUCAACGCCUUAUCCGCGUGGAGAUUCUUGUAGAGGACUCCACCAUUUUCUUGCACUUCAGCGUCGAAACCAAGAACUGGCCUUUCUCAAUGCGCAAUGAGAGCGACACUGAGUUUACGUUUUACCAAGCAAACCCCACUGUUGAAGAGGACGAUGUAGUCGACCGAAGCGGUUGGAAGCCUAUCCGAUAUCGCCUGCCACCUAGGAGUAUCAUGCCGUACGCAUGGGACUUCCCAGCAGCUAAGUUCCGCGAGGUGGUCAUUUCUACGGCCGGCAAGGAGCGGCACGUCAAACUGGCGGAAAUCGGCAACCAGUUCCCAAUGAAGUUUACAAGCCAAAAUGGCACGCAAAAGAUUAUUGACAUCAAUGUUGCUGCGGACGGUCCUACACAGACUCUCAUUCUGAGCAAUUUCCGACCCAGCCAGAGUCUGUAUAGGCAGAAAACUCUUUCCAGGACAAAUACUGGCCCGGAGGCUUUUGAGGUCAAGGAUCAAGAUACUGAUGCGACAUUCGUGGCCCAGCUCAAGUUGUCCGGCGUUGGCAUUUCAUUCAUCAACGCUCAGCUGAAAGAGCUCGCCUACGUUACAUUCCGAGAUGUCCAAUUCCGUAUCUCUGAUUCGCCCGUGGUUCAAACGGUGUCGCUGGCCAUCAAAUGGAUGCAAAUUGACAACCAACUCUAUGGUGGGCUGUUCCCCAUGGUCCUAUAUCCAAGCGUGGUGCCGCAGAAAGCGCAAGAAAUCGAGGCCCACCCGUCACUACAUGCCAUGGUUAGUCGGGUAAAGGAUGACUCUUACGGUGUGCUCUACAUCAAAUAUGCCAGUAUCCUCCUACAGCAGAUGACGGUUGAUCUGGAUGAAGAUUUCGUAUUUGCCCUUCUCGACUUUUCGAAUGUUCCCGGCGCAAGCUGGAGCUCAGAGGUGGAAGAGGGCCAACUUUGUGAUGAAGAUCUGGAUAUUCCAGAGCCAUCUCAGCGUGAUACCGGUCAAGACAUUUAUUUUGAAGUCCUCAACAUCCAGCCGAUGCAGGUGGACCUCAGCUUCAUGCGAACGGAGCGCAUCAACGCGGAGGACAAAACCUCAUCCCACAACCCACUCAUGUUCUUCCUGAAUGUGAUGACAAUGGCCAUUGGCAAUAUCAAUGACGCACCAGUGCGGUUCAAUGCGCUCAUUCUAGAGAAUGUCCGAGUAUCCACGCAGAUCCUGAUCCAGAACAUCACCAACCACUAUAGCCAGGAGGUCAUGUACCAAAUCCACAAGAUUUUGGGUUCUGCUGACUUCCUGGGCAAUCCCGUGGGCUUGUUCAACAACAUCUCAUCCGGAGUCAACGAUAUCUUUUACGAGCCGUACCAAGGCCUCAUCCUUUCCGAUCGUCCCGAAGAAUUCGGCAUGGGCAUCGCAAAGGGUGCGGCAUCGUUCGCCAAGAAGACCGUUUUUGGAUUCUCCGACAGCUUCUCCAAAUUUACCGGAAGUCUGAGCAAGGGCCUUGCCGCAGCGUCCAUGGAUAAGCAGUUCCAAGAUCGGCGACGGAUUACCAGGGCAAGAAACCGUCCAAAGCACGCAUUGUACGGCGUGACGGCUGGAGCCAACAGUCUCUUCACGAGUGUUGCAUCUGGAGUUGGUGGUUUGGCGCUCAAGCCUCUAGAAGGUGCCGAACAGGAGGGCGCUUUGGGCUUCUUCAAGGGUGUCGGCAAGGGUGUUUUAGGGCUGGCAACCAAACCGGCAGUGGGCAUUCUGGACAUGGCUAGCAAUGUCAGUGAGGGCAUCCGCAAUACCACGACGGUAUUUGACGGAGCCGAGCUGGAACGCACUCGAUACCCACGCUUCGUCCCCAAUGACGGAAUUGUGCGGCCCUUUAACCCUCGAGAGGCACUCGGACAGUACUGGCUGAAGCAAGUGGAUAACGGGCGAUACUUUGACGAGCAGUACAUUGGCCACCUCGAGCUGCCCAAGGAGGACAUGGUUGUCAUGGUCACCUUUGCACGCAUCCUGUUGAUUCGAUCACGGCGACUGACUAGCGAGUGGGACGUGCCGCUGAAGGACGUCCAGACGAUUGCAAAAGAGCGCACGGGAAUCAGUCUCUCACUGAGAGAUGGGGCCAAUGGGCCGUUUAUCCCCGUGGGAGGUGGAAGUGAGAGGGGGUUUCUGUACAAGAUGCUUGGUGUGGCGGUGGAGGAGUUUAACAGGAGAUUCAGGGGAGGAGAGCGAUGA